GGCGCCCUGGAGCGGGUUUCGGGAAAGGUCUUCUCCCGGGUUCGGUCCUGGGGGAGUGAAGUCGCGGGAGGUUUUGGGCCCGGGUCGUAGGGCCUGACCUCGGCGUCCCCUCCUGCACUCUGGGCUCGGCCCCGCCAUGGAGAACGGAGGGCGGCCCUCGCUGGGCCAGUUCAUCCUCCUGGGCACCAGCUCUGUCGUCACCGCCGCCCUGUACUUCGUGUACCGGCAGAAGGGCCAGGUCGCCCAAGAGCUCAAGGGAGCUAAAAGAAUCCACUUGGGUGAAGACUUAAAGAGUAUCCUUUCAGAAGCUCCAGGAAAGUGUGUGCCUUAUGCUGUUAUUGAAGGAGCUGUUCGGUCUGUUAAAGAAACACUUAACAGCCAGUUUGUGGAAAAUUGCAAGGGGGUGAUUCAGCGGCUGACGCUUCAGGAGCACAAGAUGGUGUGGAACCGAACGACCCAUCUUUGGAAUGAUUAUUCAAAGAUAAUUCACCAGAGGACCAACACAGUGCCCUUUGACCUGGUACCCCACGAGGAUGGCGUGGGUGUGGCCGUGCGAGUGCUGAAGCCCCUGGAUUCCCUGGAUCUGGGCCUAGAGACUGUGUACGAGAAGUUCCACCCCUCGAUUCAGUCCUUCACUGAUGUCAUCGGCCACUACAUCAGCGGUGAGCGGCCCAAAGGCAUCCAGGAGACCGAGGAGAUGCUGAAGAUCGGGGCCACCCUCACAGGGGUGGGCGAGCUGGUCCUGGACAAUAACUCCAUCCGCCUGCAGCCCCCCAAGCAGGGCAUGCAGUACUAUCUAAGCAGCCAGGACUUCGACAGCCUGCUGCAGAGGCAGGAGUCGAGUGUCAGACUCUGGAAGACUCUGACGCUGGUUUUUGGCUUUGCUGCAUGUGCUACCCUCUUCUUCAUCCUCCGAAAGCAGUAUCUGCAGUGGCAGGAGCGACUGCGCCUCAGGCAGAUGGAGAAGGAGUUCCGGGAGCAUGAGGCCCAGCUGCUGAGCCAAGCCAAGCCCGAGGACAGGGAGAGUCUGAAGAGCACCUGUGUUGUGUGUCUGAGCAACUUCAAGUCUUGCGUCUUUCUGGAGUGCGGGCACGUCUGUUCCUGCAGCGAGUGCUACCGCGCCUUGCCGGAGCCCAAGAACUGCCCCAUCUGCAGGCAGGAGAUCACCCGGGUGAUUCCCUUGUACAAUAGCUAACAGUCUGGAAGCCCAACAGUUACACCUGAAAGGAAGCUCCCCCCUUUCAGGGGUUUUUAUCUUGAGGCCUUAGAGGAGCAGCGGUGGGGCAGCUGUUAUUUCCAGGUGUGACUGGAGGCCGCAGAGGAGCAGUGGUGGGGCAGCUGUUAUUUCCAGGUGUGACUGGAGGCCGUAGAGGAGCAGCGGUGGGGCAGCUGUAAUUUCCAGGUGUGACUGGAGGCCGUAGAGGAGCAGCGGUGGGGGGCUGUCUGGAUCUCACACCUCCAGCUGAGAGGGGCCCUUUCCAGCACACCACGAGAAUCGGAGCCCUGCCCCGGGUGGGUGUGCUGGCAUCCCUCCCAGGAACCCUAAGUGUGUGCGUGACUGCGAACACCUCGUCGCUUAAGCGCCAAAGCCCGUGAGCUUCAGCUCUUCUGCUCCUGUGUCUUCUGGUCCUUUCUGGUGAAUUGUUGAUUCUCUGGACUUGAGCCGUGAAUGGCUCGGCCAGAGGGAGGCAGAGUUGGGCUCUGAGUGCGGUGUAUGCCUUGCAGGGCUGCCUCUGGAGAGACUCUGUCCUAGUCUUUCUUCCUUUUGCUUACAAAAUGACCAGGCUGGACAUGUCACUGUGUCCCUUUUCCUUACCUGCUUGCCGCCUCAGUGUGCGCACCUGUGUGUCAGGACAGAAGGAGUGAAGUCCAGCAUCCGCCUUCUGUCGCACAGGAUGGGACUCUGACCAGCAGAGCGAAGAGUGGUCACUUGGAGGGACGGUUGGGGUGUGGUCGAUUCAGCGUCCCUAGCAGAGGUGACGACGGGUGCUUGGCUGCAGCCCUGCUGUCUCCGCUGCCCGAAAGGGAGGCCACUAGAGCAUGCCCCUACCCUGAUUGGGAACCUCGAGACCUGUGGGGCGACUCUGGUUUCCCUGCUGAGCGGAGCUGCUAAGGGCUCAGCUCCCAUAGGAAGCAGCAAGGACACCACUGCCCCGCCCCUGGCUGCCUCCGCUUCUCCCCAAGGCUCACCGCGGGAAGGAGCAGCCAGCACCCUGAGCACAGCCUUUCCGGGCCCCUUUCCCACAGUGGAAGGCACCGCCCAUGAGUAUCACCCCUGCCCCCGCUACCUGUCACCCUCACCUGCCCUCGUGCGCUUGCGAGUGGAAGAGAAGCUGUCAGAGGUCAUGUACACAGCUCUUCUUACCUCCCCGUGGCUUCGAAUGUUCAUUCUCUCCCCAUCCUCCUCUGUGUGGGGGAGGUGGGGUCCUCUCAGGGGGUGACACCUGUUCUAUGCAAUGUUCAGUGUGGACGGCACAAAUUAAACACGUUAAACCAAGUGUUAGCCUCUUGUUUAUCAGUAAGA